AAAUAGAGGAAAGGAGAAGGUGAAAUUAAAGGAACUUUCCUAUUUGUUUCGUUUUUUCCGUUUAUUUCUUAGCCUUAAUUUUGUGAAAAUGAUAUAAAUAUGUAAUGACAAAUCUAAUUUUAUUCAGAAUUCUAUAUUCGGUUCUUUAUACCAGCUUCUCAACUCUCAAACCCUUUCUUUCUUCCUCGACCAAAUAAAAACCUUGCUUUCUUCAAUUUUCGUUGAAGAUACUGAAGAAACCAAAAAAAAAAAAAAAAAAAUGGAUAAUGCUGGAUUUUACAAACGAUCUCUUCCUUGUCCUCCGGCCAUUGAGUAUGCUUCACCUGAAGGCAAGUUAUAAUUUAGGCGGGCCGUAACGUCGUUUUUUUAUUCGAAAGUCGGCGAACGGCAAAUUUACCUUAAAACCCUAACGGAAACAUUCCGAAUCCGAUUUUCCGCGCCAUAUUAGUCCACCACCAAAUCGUAGUUUUCUUCUACUUAAAUCGAUUUUGAUUUCUCUGUUAAAUAAGAAAAUAAAAAAAAUUGGGUUAAAAAAUGGCUAUGGCUGGGUUGUACAGACGACUCCUUCCUUCUCCUCCUGCGAUCGAUUUCGCUUCCUCAGAAGGAAAGCAAAUUUUUGUAGAAGCCAUUCACAGUGGAACGAUGGAGAACUUCUAUAGGUUAAUUUCUUACUUUCAAACACAGUCAGAGCCUGCCUAUUGUGGACUAGCCAGUCUUUCUAUGGUCUUGAAUGCCCUUGCUAUUGAUCCUGGAAGAAAAUGGAAAGGACCCUGGAGAUGGUUUGAUGAGUCUAUGUUAGACUGCUGUGAACCAUUGGAAAAAGUUAAGGCAAGAGGCAUAACAUUUGGGAAGGUUGUAUGCUUGGCUCACUGUGCUGGAGCAAAGGUUGAAGCCUUCCGCACAAAUCAAAGCACCAUUAAUGAUUUCCGUAGAUAUGUUAUGAAAUGCUCAACUUCUGAUGAUUGCCAUGUAAUCUCAUCGUAUAACAGAGCAAUUUUCAAGCAGACGGGGACGGGUCAUUUUUCACCUAUUGGUGGUUAUCAUGCUGGAAAGGACAUGGCACUUAUCUUGGAUGUUGCACGUUUUAAAUAUCCUCCGCACUGGGUUCCUUUGAAACUUUUGUGGGAGGCAAUGGAUGAUGUUGAUGAAACAACUGGACAGCACAGAGGGUUCAUGCUCAUAUCUAGGCCUCACAGGGAGCCAGGAUUGCUUUAUACACUGAGCUGUAAACAUGAGAGUUGGGUUGGUAUUGCGAAAUACUUGAUGGAUGAUGUGCCUCUUCUAUUGAAAUCAGAGGAUAUGAAGGACAUCCAGAAAGUUCUCUCUGUAGUUUGCACAUCACUUCCAUCCAAUUUUGAGGAGUUCAUCAAGUGGGUUGCAGAAGUUCGGAUACGAGAGGAUGGUGGCCAAAGUUUAAGCUCAGAGGAGAAAGCUAGGGUUGUUAUCAAGGAGGAGGUAUUGAAACAGGUACAGAACACUGGUCUUUUCCAGCAUGUGGCAGCAUUUUUAUCUUCAGCAAAUUCAUGCUGCAAAAACCUUACAGCUUCUGGUGAUGGGGAAAAUUUGCCUAAGAUUGCUGCAAGUGUUUGUUGCCAAGGGGCACAAAUUUUGGCUGGGAAGUUUGGCUUCUCAGAGUCAGAGUGUUAUUGCUGUCGGGAAACAUGUGUAAAAUGCUUGCAAGCUAAUGGUGACAAGCCGAUUACAGUAGUUUGUGGAACAGUUGUAAAUGGUAAUACUGAGCAGGGGGUUGAUAUGCUAGUCCCUUCCUCCCAGACAACUCAUAGUUGCUGUUGCACUGGCUCAAGAAAUUACAUUGGGAUGCACCCAGCUGGAAAUGAUGUUCUUACAGCACUCCUACUGGCCUUGCCUCCAGAGACAUGGUCAGGAAUCAAAGAGGAGAAGCUUUUGCAGGAAAUACUUAGCCUUGUUUCAACCGAAAAGCUUCCUAUUUUGCUUCAAGAAGAGGUCUUGCAUUUACGACGUCAGCUCCACCUUCUUAAGAGAUGCCAAGAGAACAAGGUCGAUGAGGUUCUUGGUGCACCUCUAUUUUCGUAGUUAAGCCCCUUUUUGUCAUUUGCCCUAUUAUCUGUUUCCUUCUUCUUCUUUUUUUUUUUUUUUUUUUUUUUUUUUUUGGGUUACUUACCAAAGAGGGUAUGUCAAUUGGCUACCCCAUCCUCAGAUUCUCGAGUAUUAGAAACUACAGAAAAGGCUCUUUAUUGACUUCGUUUAGGUUGUCUACAUUGAAAAGAAGAUCAUCUCUCACUGUGAUCAUAAGCGUGGUAAAGAGCCAAAGCAAUUUUCCUGGAGAUUAAAAAGUGCUGCUAAAUAUUAUUAAUCACCGAUUCACCAAUAUAUAUAUAUAUAUAUAUAUAUAUAUUUUUU